AAAGUCUGGGCGGGAGGGCCUAGGGGCCAUCCCCUUGGCCCGGCCGCUCGGGAAGCAGAAUCAGGAGGCGCCUCCCAAGGUCGCCGGGCGAGCGCCGGGAGGGUCCUGGGCGUCGCGGGGGCCGCGGUCCGCCCCCUUCCCAGCUGAAGCGCCCUGGAGCCAGCUGAGCUGCGUCACGAUCCGGAAGGGAGACCCAGAGCUUCGCGGCUCUCAUUCCUCCUCAGCGCCAGGGCGUGGUCGCCGGCCCCGUGACUGCCUCCUCUCCGGGGAACGCUGUAGUCUGAGUCCGGUGCCUGCCUCCUCCUCCCCAGGGGGUGCGGUGGUCCCGAACCGGUGCCUGUCUCCUCCCCGCCAGGGGAGCGCAGUGGUCCCGAGCCGUGCCUGUCCACUACAGUCAGGGAGCCUGGUGAUCCUGGCCUGUGCCUGACCCCCCGGAGAGCGCGGUGGUCCCACCCGACCACCAGGCUUCCUCUCUGGGAAGCUAAGCCUAAACCCUGAGAAUUCCAAGCCGGUGUGCGCCAGGGCCACUGUAUUUCUGUAUCCUCUUUGACAUUUAAAGGAGUCACGGGGAUUACUGGUCACAGCCUAUGUCAUAAAGCUGGAAGGGCCUGGGAGUCCAGCCUCCAGUCAAGGUGCUUUCCAGGAAGAAAGGGGAAAUGCUAUGCUGACCACACCGUCUUUACUUCAGAGCUCUCCAUCGGCUUUCUGUCUUCCCAGGAUUCCUAGAAAUUUCUGGGUGAAGAAAGAAGAUGCUUUACGUGGAGGCAGUGGCUACACUUGCCCUGGACUGAUAGUAUGAGGUUAGAGACGCUGUCCAUGUUCACAUUGGUGCAGAAAAAGCCAAGGCCACAGAAAUGACCGAGUCCUGUGUGAAGAAGCUGUCCUGGACUCUGCUGGAUGCCAUUACCGACAAGGACCCCAUGGUGCAGGAGCAAGUCUGCAGUGCUCUGUGCUCCCUCGGGGAGGUGCAGCCACAGGAGAUGCUCUGUGCCUGUGAGCAGUACUUGCGGCAGCAUGACAAGCUGGCAUAUCCAUAUCGGGCGAUGGUUCUGAGGACCAUGGAGAUGGUUCUGCGCAGCCACACCAGCGAGCUGGACAAGGACACAGCUAACAUCAUCAUCCUCCUGGCCUCUAGCGAGAUGACCAGGACAAAGGAGCUGGUUUGUGGCUGGCAGCAGGCUGCGAGCAGUGUCCUUGUGGCCGUGGGGCAGCACUUCGUCAAUAGGGUGAUGGAGGAGAUGCUGAGCAGGUUCCAGCCUGGGGCUCUGCCACACUGUUCUGUCGUGCGGACGUUUGCCAGCCUCGCAGUUUCCAAUGUGUUUGGUGUGGUCCCUUUCUUGCCAUCCAUCCUGAGCACCAUGCUGCCCAUGCUGGGCAUGACCAAGCAGGACGAGCUGAGGGUUGCCUUCUGCUCUGCCCUGCAGCACUUUAGUGAGAGCACCCUGGAGUAUCUGGCCAACCUGGACAAAGCACCAGACCCCACGGUCAGAAAGGACACCUUUGCCUCCGACAUCUUCAGUGCCUAUGACAUUCUCUUCCACCACUGGCUGCAGAGUCGAGAACCCAGGCUCCGGCUCGCCGUGGUGGAAGCUCUGGGGCCCAUGAGCCUCUUGCUGCCAAGCGAGAGGCUGGAGGAGCAGCUUCCCAAGCUCCUCCCCGGGGUCCUCGCCCUCUAUAAGAAGCAUGCAGAGACAUUCUACGUGUCCAAGGUGUCUGCAAGCGGGGCAGGGAGCCUGGACCUCUUUGCCGGCUGCACCUGUGACCUGGGAAGCCCCUUUCCUGAGCCCCUUCCUAGAAAGCUCCAGAUUCUGGAGGUGGAGGUCAGGAUUCCUCAUUUGAGCCCCAAGAGCCUGGGCCAGAUCCUUGAGGCAGCUGUGAGCGUGGGCAGCCGCACACUGGAGGUCCAGCUUGAUGCUCUUCUGGCCGCUCUGCAUGCUCAGAUUUGCGUGCCUGUGGAGUCCUCGAGUCCCCUGGUAAUAAGCAACCAGAAGGAGGUACUGCGCUGCUUCACUGUGCUGGCCUGCUGUGCACCUGGCCGCCUGCUGGCCUUUCUGUUGCCAAGGCUGGACACCAGCAAUGAGAGGCUCCGCGUGGGUACCCUGCAGGUCCUGAGACAUGUCAUCAACUCCGCCGCUGCUCAAAUGGAGGUUCAGAAGCCUUUUAUUCUCUCUUCCAUGAAGCUUCCUCUUUUGGACCCCAGCAGCAAGGUGAAGCAGGCUGUGGUGCAGGUGAUCAGUGCCAUGGCCCACCACGGCUACCUGGAGCAGCCUGGAGGCGAGGUGAUGAUCGAGUACCUAGUGCAACAGUGCGCACUGCCUCCUGAGCAGCAGCCUGAGAAUCCAGGCCCCGACAACAAGAACCUCUCAGCUGAUGGUGUGCGGGCCAUGAGCAUCUGCACGCUCUACCUGGUCAGCACCGCCGUGGACAGGAUGAGUGACGUCCUCUGGCCGUACCUGCUGGAGUUCCUCACCCCUGUGCGCUUCACCGGGGCCCUGACUCCACUCUGCAGGAGCCUCGUGCAUCUAGCGCAGAAGAGGCAGGAGGUGGGGGCUGACACCUUCCUCAUCCAGUAUGAUGCCCAUGUGAACCUUCCAUCUCCCUACGCUGUAACCACAAGACUCCUGGUUGUGUCUUCCAACCCCUACCUGGGGGAUGGGCGUGGGGCAGCCUCGCUGCGUCUUCUGAACAUUCUGCAUCGUAGCAUUCACCCUUCACUGAGUCAUCAGUGGGAGACAUCCAUCCCCCUGCUGUUGGGGUACCUAGAUGAAUAUACUGAGGAAACCCUGCCACGGAAGGAGUGGGAGGAAAAGCUGUUGAUGUUCCUGCGUGACACCCUGGGUACUGUGUCUGAUAACACAUGGACCUGCCAGCUGAGCCUGGAGAUGUGCAAGCAGCUGCCCUGCUACAACGGGAUGCCUCAGGAGAAGCACUUCCUGUACAAAUGCAUAGGAACCACCCUGGGUGCUGCUUCAAGUAAGGAAGUGGUGAGGAAACAUCUUCAAGAGCUGCUGGAAACAGCCAGAUACCAGGAGGAGGCAGACCGUGAGGGCCUUGCCUGUUGCUUUGGGAUCUGUGCCAGCUCCCACCUUGAGGACACCCUGGCCCAGCUGGAGGACUUUGUAAAGUCGGAUGUGUUUAGAAAAUCCAUUGGCAUUUUCAACAUUUUUAAGGACAGAAGUGAGAACGAGGUAGAAAAAGUGAAGAGUGCCCUGAUCCUGUGUUAUGGGCACGUGGCAGCACAGGCCCCCCGGGAGCUAAUGCUGGCCAGGGUGGAGUCGGACAUCCUCCGGAACAUGUUCCAGUACUUCAGCACCAAGGUUCUGGGAAUAAAGGUAGAAACCAAGGACCCAGCCCUGAAACUGUGCCUCGUCCAGAGCACGUGCAUGGUCAGCCGUGCCAUCUGCAGCAGUGCGCAGGCCAGCUCCUUCCACUUCUCCAGGAAAGCAGAGCUGGUGGCACAGAUGAUGGAGUUCAUCAGAGCAGAGCCUCCAGAUUCCUUAAGGACACCUGUUCGGAAGAAAGCCAUGCUCACCUGCACUUACCUGGCCUCCCUGCAGCCGGCACUGGGGGAGCAGGCCCGUGCGGACGUGAUCCAAGGCUGCCUGCAUAGCGUCAUGGCCCUGCCACCUGAGUCCCAGGGCGAGGACAUCGGCUGCCAGGAGGCCCUGUAUCUGGAUACGGUGCGUGCCCUUGAGGAUUUGCUGACAAGCCUCCUGCAGCAGGACAUGACCCCCCAGGGCCUGCAGGUCAUGGUCGAGCACCUGAGCCCAUGGAUCAAGUCCCCAAGGGGCCAUGAACGGGUGCGGGCUCUGGGCCUGAGCAGCUGUCUGCUGCAGUACUUCCUGGAGCACCUGCAUGUCAGUGCCCUGGUGCCCUUCCACAACCUGGGCCUGCUUGUCGGCCUUUUCUCCCCACGGUGUGCGGACCUGUGGCCUGCCGCACGUCAGGAGGCCGUGGGCUGCGUCUACUCCCUGCUCUACCUUCAGCUGGGCUAUGAGGGCUUCUCCCAAGACUACCGUGAUGACACAGCUGAGCGGCUCCUCACUCUCAAGGAUGGCCUCAUGCACCCGGACCCAGCCGUCCUCUUCCACACCUGCCACAGCAUAGCCCAGGUUAUUGCCAAGCGCCUCCCGGCGGACCAGCUCAUCAGCCUCUUGCUGACCAUGUUUGAGGGCCUGGGGGACCCCGAUAAGAACUGCUCCCAGGCCGCCUCCGUCAUGGUCAACUGCCUGUUGCAGGAGCGGGGCAGCGCACUGCUAGAGAAGGUGCCUGAGAUCGUGAGCGUGCUGCGCUCCAAGCUGCAAGAGACCCAGGAGCACGUCCUGCCAGCCACCCAGCACAGUGUGUACCUCCUGGCAUCCCAGCACUGUGCAGCCGUGGUGUCCAGCCUCCUGGGCAGCCCUCUGCCCUUUGACAGCCACACCUGCAUGCUCUGGCGGGCCCUGGCUGUGGAGUCCAGCCUUGCCACCCAGGUACUGGGGCUGCUUCUGGAGAAGAUGAGCAGAGAUGUCCCGUUCAAGGAGAGCCGAGCCUUUCUUCUAGGCAGCGCCCCCGACCGAGUGGCCACGCUGCUGCCCCUUUCGGCCACCUGUGCGCUGCAUGAGGUUGUGUCCGCCCCGGCAUCAGGGCCUGCGGUGCUCGAGCUCUACCCGCAGCUGUUUGUGGCGCUCCUGCUCCGUGUCAGCUGCACUGUGGGAGUCCAGCUGCCCCGGAACCUACAGGCCAAGGAGAGGAGGGGCGCCAGCCUGGCCCAGGCUGCAAGGAACCUCGAGCCCUGCAGCUCUGCAGCAGACGCCCUGCGGGCCAUGCUGCUCCGAGGCGGCAGUGAGGAUGUGAUGCAGGACGUGGAGUUGGAGGGUGGCUGGGAGCUGCUCAGGACCUCGGCUGGGCAUGAGGAGGGGACCACCAGGUUGGCCAGGGCCAUGGCCAAGUAUGCAGGCCCCCGGCUGCCCCUGGUGAUGAAGGCGCUCAUUGGCACACAGAACAGCGCAUACGAGAUCCAGAGGGUCACCUCCACAGCCUUUCUGGCUGAGCUGCUCAGCAGCAACGUAGUCAAUGACCUGAUGCUUCUGGAGUCACUGCUGGAUGGCCUGGCAGCGCGCCAGAAGGACUCAUGUGCCAGUGUGCGGCGGCUGGUGCUCCGAGGCCUGGCCAAUCUUGCCUCAGGCUCCCCUGACAAGGUGCGGGCCCAUGGCCCCCAGCUCCUGACGGCCAUGAUCAGUGGGCUGGACGACGGGGAUGACCCCCAUGGCCUGGUGGCCCUAGAAGCCAUGGUGGGCCUCUCGCAGCUGCUGCCCCUGGUGGAACCCUGGGACCUGCACUCGGUGUUGCUGCACGUUGCCAUCCGUGUCCGGCCCUUCUUUGACAGUGAGAAAAUAGAGGUCCGGACAGCAUCCAUCUGCCUCUUCGGGCACCUUAACGAGGCCUGCCACAGAGACUGUGAAGAUGUCUUCCUGGAGCAGGUCGUCAGCGGGCUGGCACCCCUGCUGCUGCACCUGCAGGACCCUCAGGCCCCCGUGGCCAGCGCCUGCAGGUUUGCCCUGCGCAUGUGUGGCCCCAACCUGGAGUGUGAGGAGCUAUCGGCCACCUUCCAGAAUUACCUGCAGGAAGGCCGGGGCCUGCACUUUGGCGAGUUCCUCAAUACCACCUGCAAGCACCUGAUGCGGCACUUCCCAGACCUGCUGGGUCGCCUGGUGAGCACCAGCCUAUUCUACUUUAAGAGUGGCUGGGAGGACAUCCGUGCUGCUGCCCCCAUGUUCACGGGGUUCCUGGUACUGCAUGCGGAGAUCAGACAUCGGCCCCAGGUGGACCUGGAACAGCUCCUUGCGGCUCUCCAGCUGUUGCUGAAGGACCCGGCCCCUGCAGUGCGAGCAAAGGCUGCCGAGGCCCUGGGCCGCCUGGUGAAGUUCGCGUGAAGCUCUGGCCAGUGGACCCUUCCCCAAAGCAAUAGCCCCCUGGGUGAGCCUGUACCUGCUCAGAUGGGGCCUCCUGCCUAGAUGCAGGGUGGGACAGGCUUGGCACUGCCCGGGAUCAAACCCGAACCCUCAGUGAGAGGCGCUGCAGGCCAGGCGUCUGUGUGACCCCACCUAUUUCCCAAUAAAGCCACCUGCACCUCAGUAAGUCAA